AUUAUAACAUUUCUUCUCAGGUAUUUCGUUACUCAUUAUACGUUUGCUUUCUCAAAUCUCGAAGUUGCGUAGAGAUUUCUUUUAGGGUGUCAAGUUAAGGUGUUUCUAUUAAAAAUGGGUGAUGGUGAUAAGGCUCAAUCCUUCAACAAUAUCGGAGGUGGAUCUUCUUCUACUCGUCGGAAAAAUGAAGAUAAGCCUAAAACUACGAGAAGCAAACUUAAAACAAGAGGAGCCAAUUUAACCAAAAAACAAAUAGAGGCUGCUCAAAAAUUAAUAGGCCGUUCUAUCUACAAGGAACGUAAUGGAGCUGAAGUUCAUGGAACUGUGACUUUCUUUUAUUCCAGAAUGAAUCGAUUAAAAGUUGUGUUUGAAGAUAAAAGAGUCGAAUAUUUGAGUCCAGAUGAAGUUGUUAGCAUUUUAAGAAUUAGCAAUCCAGAAGACAAGAAGAUAAAAAGAUAUUAUGGCACUCCAAAUUACAAGCCCCAACAAUUCAUGGGUCUCAUUAUUUGCAAGGAAUUUGAUGGAGUUAAAUGUUUGGGAACAAUUGUUUCCUUCUCUCUUGAAAAGAAGAAAUUGCUGGAGGUUCUAUAUCGAGCUGAAAACAGGACAGAAUAUAUGGACCAAAUUGAGGUUUUGACAAAUAUGGCAAAACUAGAGGACAUGCUCGCAGUCGCAGAUCAGCAAGCAUCAAAUGAAAGUACUAGUUCAAAGAAUGUUCAUGAUAAGAAAAAGAAAAGUGGCGACUUAGAAGAAGGAUCAACUGCAACUAAGAGAAAAAGAACUACACCUAAGUGAUUCCCAAUUGUUCCCUUCCAUAAUUUGAGGAACUUAUUAAGUGCUUGGACUGGUUGAACUUGAAGUCGACAUUGCUUAUAAUUGAUGAAUUUUCAUAUUUUAUUAAUUUACGGUUGACUUUACCUAUGUAUUCGAAGCUUGUUGAAUUUAUUUAUGCAUAAGAAUAUUGUUGGAUUUUAUUUUUGUGUGGGAGAUUGUUGGCUUUUUUAAGAGUUGAAUAAUGUGAUUGAAAUUUUAUGGUUUUUGAGACAUUCAAGUAUUAAAUA